GGUCGUCACUGACUGUCCCCGGUCAGGUUGUGUUGCUAGCUGAGCUAAGGCGGGGGCCAGGCCAAGCAGUCGUCUUUUCAACGUUCGGCAGACUAAUGUUUAAUCUAUAGUAGAUAUGGAUUUCGACGCUCUGUUUAACGAGAAGACUUUUCAGUUUUCGGACUUCCAGGAGUUCACGUUUCUUCCUGGACACCAGAAGUUGACUGAACGAGUGAGAAAGCGACUGUAUUAUGGCCUGGACAAAGACGUUUCUUUAGAUGCCCUUUCUUGUCCUGUUACGGAUAUUGCUGUUGAAAUUUUCCAGAAGUCUGCCCCAAGCCCAAUACGAAAACUACAGAAGAAGUAUGCUGCUCAUGUUUCCAGGGAGGCUUGCAUCUCUCCAUGUGCCAUGAUGCUGGCUCUAGUUUACAUAGAAAGGCUCCGACAUAGAAAUCCUGAGUACCUACAAAAGAUCUCUUCCUCUGACCUCUUCCUGAUCUCCAUGAUGGUUGCCAGCAAGUACCUGUAUGAUGAAGGCGAGGAAGAAGAAGUUUUCAAUGAUGAGUGGGGAGCAGCUGGAAAGCUGGACGUGAAAACUGUCAACAACCUGGAGAUGAACUUCUUGAACGCCAUUGAGUGGAGCCUCUUCACAGAGCCAAAUGACUUAUUUGAUAUACUAAGUCAACUGGAAACCAGCAUUGCAGAGCGACAGGGGAUGAAACGUGGCUGGUUCACCUACACCGACCUCUGUGUGCUGCUGGAGCAGUCAGCGUGGAGUCAAGCCCUCACAGCCAUCUACCAGCACUUUACCAAGGUAUCCUGUAUGCUCGGCCUUGUCUAUCUGACCAGUGUGGCUGGCCUUAUUGCCACCAGCGCUGUGCUGCACCAGCUCAGUCUCUCCAGAAGCGGCCACUGCCUGCUUCCACCUCCAGCUGAGAUUAGCCCAGACCACCUUCCGACCUCCGACCUGAACUCAGAAGCUCCGUCUGCAGCCCAGAACCUCCCCUGUUUUGUUCUGGCCAACAAGAGUCUGAACCAUCAGACGGGUACACUUGGAAUCGGCCAGCACCACUCACAAAGUCCCCCAUCGGCUUCCUCACAGACAUCAAUAUUGUGUCUCUGGGGCUCCCUCCUUGCCUCAAUGGGUCACAUACACCCUGAAACAAAUUCUGAGAUGGAAGAUCCCCAAACCUGGUCUCCUGCCUCCUUCUUCUGUCCUGGCUGUCUUGCAUCCCUCCCUCCUCUUCAGUGCGGGCUCAGAAACACCUCAACAGUCUUCACUCAUGGCCCCCUUGAUAACAAUCAGCGUCAUUCACCAUGGCUGGCCCCCAGCCUCCUUGGAGGGGUGGAACCAAGUCUGAACUCUCGCCUAGGGGUGUUUCCCCCUGUGCAGUUGGGACCCUGCCAACCAAAGUCCAUGUUACCUGUCGACAAAGCCCAAGCUCUGCUCAUGCCCGGCUAGAGGCCGGCAAACCCGUGUCCUGUCAGCCUGUAGUAAUGGACUCUGGAAAUGAAACCAGCAUUGUCUUCAUGACUCAUCUACCACUUCAAGUCAUAUAUUAUUAUUUUUUUGUUUGUUUGUUUGUUUACUUUUCCGGAUCCAGAAUACAAGUGCAAAGGCAAGAGUAAUUAGGCACUUUUCAGGCGUGGUGAGAGUUUGAUAGGUGUGAGGUCACUGAUAGUUCACUAAUGCAGAACACAUUUGCCAUGAGUAAAAUGCCAUAGUGUUCAGUUAAUGCUCUGUAACUUGAUUUACAAUGCAGAGAAGUUCACAAGGAAUUUGAAGAUAAUUUGAUGUGUUUGUUUUCUUGGCUUCAACCAAACAUUUAUACUGCUUCCCACAUUUAUAUUUGUUUGAAAGUCCUAUCAGAUGGUGAUGCAAGACCCGUUUAAGGAUUGUGUUUGGAGUUAUUUUAUCACAGCUGCUUGCUACUUGGUAGGUUUGCCUGUAUGUGGAGGUUUCACAGCAUAUCUGAAGGUUUCACAGUAAGUUUUUUUUUGUUAUGAUUGCGCUCUGUGAAUAGAAGGGACUAAACCAGUUGGCUUCUAAAUUUUGGCUUAUUCAUAUUUGCUUAGUGUUACAUAUAUUUUUCAUUUGUGUAUAAGGAGCUUUACACCAGAUAUUGGCCAUACACAUACAGCAAGCACUGAUUUUGUACACCAGAGAGUUUUUGUUUAGUUGUUUGUGAAAUAAAUUGUCUCCUGUUCUUGUAAA